GCCGACAGAGAAACGCAGCGGUCCAUUUUGGAGACGGCCUCGGUCAAUGCGCCGCAGCUCGGAGCUCGGAGCUGGAUCACAACCCGGUGUCGCGUAAAGGCGCAAAGUUUGGAGCGGAGGGGGGUGAAAACCCUGCGGAGCAGCGCUGAAAGGCUCCUCAGCUCUCUGGAAAGCACGAAGCAUGCUCUGCGGAAGACGAAGAGGCUUCAGGCUGUACUCCCCCGCCAGGAUGUUGGCAGCUCUGGUAUUUAUUCUGCUUUGUCUCCAUCCAGCACACGGACAGACGUGCACAGACGGCUUUGCGUUUGACCGCAGGUCCAGGCAGUGUAUAGAUGUGGACGAGUGCCGUACCCUGCCAGAUGCUUGCCGAGGAGACAUGCGCUGUGUGAACCAGAACGGGGGCUACCUGUGCCUCCCCAGGACCUUGUACAGCCAGCCCUUCAGACCGGACCCCCCGGUCCUGCCCGAGCCCGGCUACCCCGACACCGCGGUGGGAUUUCAGGACACGGUUUUCCCGUCCCCCGUGAGACCCGGGGAGCCGAGCUAUCCCAGACUGAGGCCCACGGCGCACUGCGUCCUGGGAUACAGCCUCGCCGAGGACGGCACCUGUAACGACAUUGACGAAUGCGAGACAAACUCUCAUCACUGUAACCCCACCCAGGUCUGCAUCAACACGUCAGGGGGCUACACCUGCUCCUGCACCGAAGGCUUCUGGCUGCUCGGAGGCCAGUGUCAGGACAUUGAUGAAUGCCGCUACGGUUACUGCCAGCAGCUGUGUGCCAACGUCCCGGGCUCGUACUCCUGCUCCUGCAACCCCGGCUUCAUCCUCAAUCCAGACAGCAGGACCUGUCAGGACGUGGACGAAUGUGAGGACGAGCCCUGCAGCCACGGCUGCUUCAACACCUACGGCUCCUUCAUGUGUAACUGCGACGAGGGCUUCGAGCUGGAGGCCGACGGCAGGACCUGCAUCGAUUUGAAUGAGUGCGGUUUCUCUGAGUUUCUGUGCCAGCACAGAUGUGUGAACACACCAGGCUCCUUCUCCUGCAUCUGUCCGCCCGGAUAUUACGUCUACGAGGACGGCAGGAGCUGUGAAGAUAUCAAUGAAUGUGAAACUGGUAACAACACCUGUACAACAGCACAAGUAUGUUUCAAUUUCCAGGGAGGCUAUACAUGCCUGGAUCCUUUACAGUGUCCUCGGCCUUACGUUGAAGUUAGUGAAAAUCAGUGCAUGUGUUCAGCUGAGAACCCUGCCUGCAGGGACGAGCCCUUCACUAUCCUGUACCGACACAUGGACCUGUCGUCGGGGCGCAGUGUGCCUGCAGACAUCUUUCAAAUGCAGGCCACCACGCGUUACCCCGGCGCCUUCUACAUCUUCCAGAUAAAGUCGGGCAACGACGGACGAGAGUUUUACAUGAGGCAAACCAGCAACGUGAGCGCCACGCUGGUGCUCUCGCGGCCGAUCACGGGGCCGAAGACGGUGGUGCUGGACCUGGAGAUGGUCACAGUCAACAACGUCAUCAACUUCAGAGGCAGCUCCAUCAUCCGGCUGACGAUAUUCGUCUCGGAGCACCCGUUCUGAGAUCACCUGCCCCGUUUGUUCCAGACAGCUCAUUACCCUUUUGUUUUUUUAAUAACUACGCCGUCCGAUAAAGGACUCGGCCGACAUCGGCUGAUGGGAAGACACUCGAAUCGAAUCCCCGCCCUGGUUUUAAUGGACACUGAGCUUUUUUAUGGCCGCGAUAUGAACUUUCAACACGGAGGAGAUAUUUAUGAAGCCAAACUGUUUGAAAAUGGUCUCGACUGUCUCGACUAUACCUGUGAGGUUCUUCAUCCGCUCACCACGAGCUGCCAGAGCCACUUGUGUUUCUCCAGCAGUGCCGUCCGGUGGUUGUUGACAGGAGGAGAGCCGCUCGGCCCAGCUCAACUGUAAUCGAGCAUUUGCGGAGACAACGUUUGAAUUGAUGUAACAGCCGGUCAUUAACUGAAUUAUUGAUCACAGUUUCUUCCAGACCAAUAAAAGUCUUCACCACACAAGUGUCCCCGACGUGAUCGAGGCGGCUUCCGGGCUCGUGAAAUCGCAGCACUGGUGUGUUGCAGAAGCUCGAAGAUCAUU